AGUCCGUGCAAGCUAGUCAGUCAGUCAGUGAAACAGGGUAAACUAAACUGUAGAGUUGACUGUAGAGUAUGUCGAAUUGUCACUGUGUUUUUCGAUAAAUUUUUCAAAGAGAAAAUAAAACCUAUCUAAAAAUGAAGACGCGGUUUAAUACUUAUGAUCUUGUAUGUUCAGUCACUGAAUUACAAAGGCUUAUUGGCAUGCGUGUCAAUCAGAUAUACGAUAUAGAUCAUCGCACAUAUCUUAUACGCCUUCAACGUAGUGAGGAAAAAUGCGUUCUUUUGCUUGAAUCUGGUAACAGAAUCCAUAUUACAGCUUUUGAAUGGCCUAAGAAUGUAGCUCCCUCAGGUUUCUCUAUGAAGAUGCGUAAACAUCUUAAGAACAAAAGAUUAGAGAGUCUUAUGCAAGUCGGUACUGAUCGAAUAAUAAAGUUACAAUUUGGAAGUGGUGAAGCUGCCUACCAUGUAAUUUUGGAGGUGUAUGAUCGUGGUAAUAUAAUUUUGACUGAUCACGAAAUGGUAAUUUUAUAUGUGUUAAGACCUCAUACAGAAGGAGAUAAAAUUAGAUUUGCAGUGAAAGAGAAAUAUCCCUUAGACAGAGCUCAUUCCACAACUAUGCCAUCUAUGGAUGUAAUUCAUGAGCAUAUUCAAAAGGCUAACGAGGGCGAUAAUCUUAAAAAAGUAUUAAAUCCAUUGUUAGAAUUUGGUUCAGCUGUGAUUGAUCAUGUUUUACUGAAAGCUGGAUUUAACCUUGGUUGCAAAAUCGGUAAAGAUUUUCAUAUCACUGAAGAUAUGCCAAAAUUAAUUUUAGCGCUCGAGGAUGCUAAUAACAUGAUGGAUUACGCAAAGAAAAAUGUCUCCAAAGGCUAUAUUAUACAGAAAAAGGAAUCGAAACUGACUCAAGAUGGCAAGGAAGAUUUUAUAUUUGCUAAUAUUGAAUUUCAUCCUUUUUUGUUUGAGCAAUAUAAUAAUCAACCUUACAAGGAGUUUGAUUCUUUUGAUGCUGCAGUGGAUGAAUAUUUCUCUAUGAUGGAAGGACAAAAGAUAGAUUUGAAAGCUCUGCAACAGGAAAGAGAAGCUUUGCAAAAAUUAGAUAGAGUAAGAAAAGAUCACAGUCAGCGAUUGAUUACGUUAGAAAAGACACAAGAAUUAGAUAAACAAAAAGCAGAAUUAAUUUCAAGAAAUCAGGUUUUAGUGGACAACGCUAUACUAGCUAUACAAAGCGCCUUAGCAAAUCAAAUGUCUUGGCCGGACAUUCAAGUUUUAUUGAAAGAAGCUCAAGUCAGAGGUGAUCCUGUUGCUUCUGCUAUAAAACAAUUAAAACUAGAAACGAAUCAUGUUGCCCUAUUGUUGCAUGAUCCUUAUGAAGACAGUGAUGAGGAAUCUAAGCUCAAACCUAUGAUGAUUGAUAUAGAUUUGGCGCAUACAGCAUUCAGUAAUGCCAAGAAGUAUUACAGUCAAAAAAAAUCAGCUGCAAAGAAGCAGCAAAAAACGAUAGAAUCCCAGGGAAAAGCUUUGAAAUCGGCCGAAAAGAAGACAAAGCAAACACUGAAAGAAGUACAAACCAUACAUACCAUUAAUAAAUUAAGGAAGACAUAUUGGUUUGAAAAAUUCUAUUGGUUUAUUACAUCCGAAAAUUACUUAGUGAUCGGAGGAAGAGAUCAACAGCAGAAUGAGUUCAUAGUUAAAAGAUAUCUGAAGGCGGGAGAUUUAUACGUUCAUGCAGAUUUAACUGGUGCUAGUUCUGUCGUAAUAAAAAAUCCCAGUGGCAAUCCUGUACCGCCAAAAUCAUUAGCAGAGGCAGGUACAAUGGCUGUUGCAUACAGUAUAGCGUGGGAUUCGAAAGUAAUAGUUAAUGCAUGGUGGGUGCAUCAUGAUCAAGUAUCCAAGAGUGCGCCUACUGGUGAAUAUCUUACUACCGGAUCCUUCAUGAUACGUGGAAAAAAAAAUUAUCUGACGCACAGUCAAUUAAUUAUGGGAUUGGGUAUUAUGUUUCGUCUGGAGGACAGUUCCAUAGAACGACAUAAAGAUGAAAGGAGAGUGAAAACAAUAGAUGAGGAAAGCUAUGUAAUAAAUCAUCUAAUAUUUAAUUAAAUUAUUCUUUAAUUGUUAAUAUAUAUUUUCAAAAGCUAAUAAUUUUUAAUGCUAGAUGAAAAUCUAGAGAAACAAGAACAAAAUCUAGAGAACAAAGAUACAUUACAUCCAAUUCAAGAGGAGGAUCAAGAGAAAUCAGAAUCUCAUACAACAGAUUAUAGUGUUAAGAAAGAUACUUAUGGAGAAGAUGAAAAAGAUACAUACGAAGAUGCAAAAUAUCAAUUUCCUGAUACACAAAUUAAAAUUGAUCUAUCAGGCCCAAAGGUAAAAAUACAUGUUGAUAAUAAUCAGCCUUUAAUGCAAUCUCAGAAAGACACGAAAGAAAAUGUGGUUUAUUUAGGAGAUGAUAUGCCUAUUAUAAUAAUUCCAACUAUGGAGAAACAUGCAAAAGCAAAACAAAAAACACAUCCAAAAGAAUCAACAAAAAAGGUUGAAAAAGAUGAUAAAAAUGAAAAUGAUAACAAAAAAGGAGAGCAACCUGCGUUAAAACGAGGACAAAAAGGAAAGCUUAAAAAAAUGAAAGAAAAGUAUAAAGAUCAGGAUGAGGAAGAUAGAAGGCUUUCAAUGCUCGUUUUGCAGUCGGCAGGUGCAGCCAAAGAAGACAAAAGAAAAAAUAGGUCUAAAGAUCCGUCAGGUCCAAAGCAACAAGGAAAGAAAAAGACAAAUCCGAAACCUAACAUUCCACCACAAUCUAUGCACACGAUAAUAGAUAACAUUGACGAUGAAGAUACAGGUCCAAUUCCUGAAGUUGAUAUGCUCGAUCAGUUAACAGGAAAGCCUGUUUCAGAAGAUGAAUUAUUAUUUGCUGUUCCUGUUGUAGCACCUUACAAUACCUUACAAAAUUACAAGUUCAAAGUGAAAUUGAUACCUGGUAUUGGUAAGAGGGGCAAAGCUGCUAAAACAGCUAUAGCUGUAUUUCUCAGAGACAAAGAAAUUUCUUCACGUGAAAAAGACCUAUUAAAGGCAAUUAAAGAUGAGACAAUAGCCAGGAAUAUACCUGGAAAAGUAAAAAUAAGUGCUCCUCAGAUUCAAAAAUUAAAAAAAUAGUUAAAAAAUGCCGAUUUUUAUCCAUAUAAUUGAUAACCUGAAUUACUUUUUUAAUUACUUGCACCGUGUAAAACUUAUUUGUGAAGGAAUGACAUUUUUUUUAAAUUACAAUAUUUAAUGAUUAU